AUGGGUCGCUUACAAGGCAAAGCAGCUAUUGUCACCGGCGGGGGAUCAGGAUUUGGGGAAGCAAUCGCGCACGGUUUCGUGGCUGAGGGAGCUCAUGUCAUUGUCGCCGACAUCAGCGUGGCGGGAGGAGAACGAGUCGUGCAGGAAAUCCGCAGCAAGGAGUACACCCAUGGCGGCUCAGCGAUAUUUCUGCAGGCCGAUGUGACGAAGCGAGGUGACUGGGAGAAAGCGUUGAGUCUGGCCAAAACCAAAUUCGGAAAAUGCGAUAUCGUCGUCAACAAUGCCGGGACAACAUAUAAGAAGCAGCCCAGUGCAGAGGUCUCGGAGGCGGACUUUGACCGAGUCGUGGCCAUCAACGUGAAGAGUAUCUAUUUGAGCAGUUCGGUAAUGCUGCCCUACUUUGUCGAACGAGGGUCGGGGGUCUUCUUGAGCACGUCUUCGGUCGGUGCUAUGCGCCCUAGAUCGGGACAAGUAUUCUAUGCCGGAACCAAGGGAUUCCUAAACACGGUCACCCAGGGCUUAGCUGCGGAGUAUGGACCCCAUGGUGUGCGAGUGAACACCAUUUGUCCCUUACUAGCGGCUACUAAUCUGCUUGAAAUGUUCACCGGUGUCCCCGAUACACCUGAAGGGAGAGCGGAAUUUGCCAAAGGGGUUCCAUUGGGACGGAUGUCCGAGCCAAGUGACAUUGCCAAUGCAGCCGUAUUUCUUGCCAGCGAUGCAGCUGGCUUCAUCACCGGUGUGAAUUUUCCAGUGGAUGGAGGACGUUUAACUGUUUGA